AUGGCGUCUCAGACGGAAUACAACCCCGACAAUCAUGUCAACGACAAUGCGUCGGAUCACAUGGCGAAGGAGAAGACUGGAGUGACCAUGAUCGAGUCGAUCGAGAACUCUGGAGAGCUGGACACCAUUGAAGAGACGAAGCCUGGAGCGUUCGUCUGGCUCUGUGCGGCAGCUACAGCCAUUGGAGGACUGUUGUUCGGUUACGACACUGGUGUCAUCUCAGGAGUCCUCGUCGUGCUCGGAGACGACCUGGGCGGUCGCGAAGUCACAGAUUCGGAAAAGGAAGCCAUCACCGCUCUCUGCGCCGCUGGAGCUCUCGUCGGAGCCGUCAUUGCUGGUAUCACCUCAGACAAAUAUGGAAGAAAACCAGCCAUCUGGUUCGCAUCUGUUCUCUUCACCGUCGGCGCAAUCAUCCAGGCUACCUCGUACACUGUCGCACAAAUGUUAGUCGGCCGCUUUGCUAUCGGACUUGGUGUUGGAUCUGCAUCAACAAUCGUACCGCUCUACAUCGCAGAGAUUUCUCCCGCUAGGUUCCGAGGUCGUAUGAUUUCUGUGGACAUGAUCUUCCUCGCAACUGGUUCUGUUCUCGCGUAUGCUUUUGACGCGGCUUUCUAUACGGUAAACCAUGGCUGGCGAUACAUGAUCGGAGUUGGUGCUGUGCCAUCAAUUAUCCUCGGUAUACUCCUGUUCUGGUGCCCUGAAUCUCCUCGUCAGCUCAUGUUCCAUGGAAAGAGAGAACAGUGCGAGUCCGUCAUCCGCAGCAUCUACGUCAACGCUACAGAACAACAAGUCGCCGAGAAGAUGCUCUCCAUCGAGUACGGCGUCAACUCUUCCAAGGCUCUAAACGAGGAGAUCUCUCUCAAGAAGUCGCUAUCUAUGCUGUUCACCAUUCCUGCGAACCUCCGUGCCGGCAUCGCUGCUUGUGGACUCAUGUUCUUCCAGCAAUUCUGCGGAUUCAACACACUCAUGUACUACUCAUCCACCCUCUUCGACAUCGUCGGCUUCUCCAACCCCAUCGCAGUAGGAACAGUCGUAGCUGGCGUGAACUGGAUCUUCACAUUCCUCAGUAUCUUCAUCAUCGACCGCGUCGGACGUCGAAGACUUCUCCUCUGGACAAUGUGGGGCAUGCCCGUCUGCCUCGUGCUCGCCGCCAUCGCAUUCAACUGGGUCCCCAUCGACCACCGCACCCUCGAGCUCACAAGCGAUGAAGUCGGCUGGCCCGCAUACCUCGUCCUGGUAGCCAUGAUCCUCUUCGUAGCAUUCUACGCCGCAGGUCUCGGCUGUGUUCCCUGGCAAGCAAACGAAUUCUUACCUAUGGAAGUCCGUGCUAUGGGAACCAUGAUGAUCAACGUCUUCAACUGGGGUCCAAACAUUGUCGUCUCCUCGACAUUCCUCACGAUGAUGAAGAAUAUUACUCCUUCAGGCACUUUUGGAUUCUAUGCUGCACUCUGCACAAUCGGCUGGAUAUUCGUCUUCUUCUGCUUCCCGGAGUGUGCGCAGAUGACUUUGGAGGAGGUUCGAAGAGUGUUCCAGCAUGGCUUCGGAGUCAAGUACGCGGAGCAAUGGCGGAAAGAUUACAAGAAAGGCCAGACUGCGAGGAAUGCUACUGCUGAUGCUCAGAAGGUUUAG